CAUUUUCAGGGUAUCAGGACGGAGACGAGAGUGUACGUCAGUUAGACUAUGUCCUAACUAGAUCAUUGUCUUCAAAAUAACCGAGAAUGUUCCACUAUGGAACUUGUAUUCGAAAUCCUUUGAUUGUCACUGAGAGAUUUUGCUACAUUUUCAACUAGGUUUGAGACCUUAAAAUGUACGGACUGACGACCACUUGAGGAUUAUGUGUGGUGAAAGAGCACUAUGCAGGAGACCUUACAAAGACUGAUGUAUUUUCUCUGAGAGGAAUUAUUUUGCUGUAUCGAUUUGUAGUUGGUUGAAACCUUUGGACAGUGGACAGCGAGGACUGAUAAGAACAGGGCCAGCAUGCUGCUCGCCUCCGCUGUGGUCGUCUGGGAAUGGCUCAACGAGCACGGACGGUGGCGGCCGUACGGCCCGGCCGUGUGCCACCACAUCGAGGCGGUGAUACGGAACGAUCCCCGGAGUGGCAGCGUUGUUCUGGGUCAGGUCGACAACAGCCUGUCUCCCUACAUCAUAGACCUCCAGUCCAUGCAUCAGUUUAGACAGGACACAGGCAGGAUCCGGCCGGUGCGUCGUAGCUUCUUUGUGCCCAGCUCCGCCCCGGCCCAGGGCUGGCUGUGGGAGUGGGAGGGCGAGGAGGAGGGGUCCUGGACGGCCUACGACACAGAGGUAUGCAUCGCCCUCCAGGCGGCCCGGGACCGCCUCCAGUCCAGCGUGGACCUGGCACCGCUGGGGCUGGCCUACGUGGUGGACCUGAAGACCAUGACCCAGCGGAACCCGCGGAGCCAGCGCAGCAGAAGGGUGCGUCGCAGGGCCGACAUGGCCUACCCCCUGGUGGCGGAGCAGCUGCCCCGGGAGGGCGGGGGAGUCAAGGGAGUUGGGGGGGGAGGGCCCACGGGGGCCUUCCUGGGCGUAGGGGUGUCCGGGGGUUUCAAAGGAGGGUCGGGGUACUCUAAAGGAGAGCCAGUGCCGCCAGGGUUGGGCCCGCCUUGCGGCUGCCAGCAGUGCAUGCUGGUCCAGUGCGUCAAGUCAGGAAGCAGGAAGGUGGGGGCGGGGUCUAACACGUUGAGCAGACGGCAGUCCCAGCAGUCCAAGCCGCCUAGCCCCAAGACGAGGGCGUCCACGCUGGGGCGGGGCCAGACCAGGAGGAACUCCAUGUCUAACUCCACCCACUCCCGCACGCUGCCGCACGGACACGCCAUAUCACGGAACACCGCUUCUUCCAAACGGAACGCGGCCCUCUUCGCCCAAUCCCUCGCCGCCCUCACCUCGGGCACCGCCUCCCUCUCCAUCUCAGCCAACAGGCCCUCGUCCAAUAAAAAGCCUCGGUCGUCCCCGCCCACACCCUCCUCCUCACCCAGGAGUUCGUCGGUGCCAACUGCCACCCUCGUCACCCCGGCGAAAAAAGUGACCUCGCCUCCCUCGCCGGUGCCGUCUCCGUCGCCGGUGGUGAUGUCGCCGCAGCGCUCGCUGGCGUGCCGCGCCCCCCUCCCCCGCCGGUCCAGUCUGGUGGGGCUGAGCAGGCCCGCCCUGCAGCGCAUCGCCAUGGCACAGUCACGCGCCCUCAUCGCCUCAGGUGUGCCCACCGUCCCUGUGAAGAACCUCAAUGGAUCCAGCCCAGUGUAUCCCGCGUUGGCAGGUAUUACAGGGAUCCUGAUGAGCGCGGCAGGGCUGCCAGUGUGUCUAACCCGCCCCCCUAGAAUGCAGCUUCACCCCCCUCCUGUCAGCAAGAGCGACAUCAAGCCUGUACCUGGCCUGGGUCACUGCUGCCGCAAGACCACCAAGAAACAGGCCCGCAAAGGGAAGAGCCCAGAGGAGGUGGUGAUGAAGUACUUUAAGAGGGCCAGGACUCUGCCUGACCUGGACUGUACCAUCUGCAUGGAGCCCCUGGAGGGGCCGUCGGGGUGCGGGGGCCCGGGGUUAGGGGCUGUGCAGCGGGGGGAGUCAGUGGGCCGUCUGGCUCAGUGUGGACACCAGUACCACCUCCAGUGUCUGGUCACCAUGUACAACAACGGCAACAAGGAUGGAAGCCUGCAGUGUCCCACCUGUAAGACCAUCUACGGGGUGAAAACGGGAAGCCAGCCAGCAGGGAAGAUGGAGUACCAUGUAAUACCCCACUCCCUGCCUGGACACCCCGACUGGAAAACCAUACGCGUCAUCUACAACAUCACCCCCGGCAUUCAGGGUCCAGAGCACCCUAACCCUGGCAAGCCCUUCACAGCCAGGGGCUUCCCCCGGCACUGCUACCUCCCAGACAGUGAGAAAGGACGCAAGGUCCUGAGUCUGCUCCUGGAAGCAUGGGAUCGCCGUCUCAUCUUCUCCGUGGGGACCUCCAGCACCACGGGGGAACAGGACACGGUGGUCUGGAAUGAGAUCCACCACAAGACCGAGUUUGGCUCCAACCUGACGGGCCACGGCUACCCUGACCCCGGUCACCUGGACAACAUCCUGGACGAGCUGAGGGCGCAGGGCAUCACGGAGGAAGACUCCCUGCUACUCUGAGAGAAGAAGAAGAGGGGAGGACCAUCAGAGAGAGGAGGAACGGAGAGAAGAAGAAAGAAAGAGCAAGAAGAGGACGAGAGAGAACGAUCUGAUGACUAACAAAGACUCACUAUCAGGAAAAGGGGACGUAAUACGUUAUUGGUUGACUGUUUUGAAGGCUCCUCUUGAUUGGUGGGUUCACUUUGGGCUUCUAACCAAUCGUACAAGAAAUAGUAGGCUCAUUAUGGCUGUAUUUUGUUUAUGGUGGUCACAUUUUUAAGUGAUUAUUUACUAAACCUAGUUUGUCAAUACUGAGGUGAGAUUGAGCCGGUACUAGUUAACUAACCUUGAAUAACUUACAAGUUACACUACUCGGAAAGAGAAGAGAAGGAAUGGAGAAGCAAAAUCGUGGAACUGAAGAAAACCCAAUGGAAAGAAAGGACACGGGAUGAGAGAUAUGAAGGGGAGGGGGAGAGGACUCGGAAGGAGGAGAAAGACAAAGAAGGAGACUGAGAGAAAGAAAAAAUGGUACGAGUAUGUAGCUUAGAAUAGGAGUAGUAACUUAACUUGUAAACGGUACUUCAACAGAGCUUACGAAUCACACGAGAGAGAAAGAAAAGGAGACCGAGCCUGUACGUCAUUCGAUCAGAUCCACCUUUGGUUUGGGUGUGACACUGGUUGCUGACGCGUUCUAGUGUGCCCCCUUGUGGACACACUUCUCAACUACACCUCUGCUCACUGACUACACAGAGACCCAACCAAACAUUACUGUGUAACAUAAUAAUAAUAAUAUGUUCAUUUAGCAAACGCUUUUGGCCAAAGCGGCGUACAGAUGGAAAUUUGAACCUGCAACCUCUUGGUGUUCAGUUAAAUGCUCUAGCACUGAGCUAUAGCCACCAUAGUACACAAACAUACAAAGACCCACCGGUUUUAUAACAACUUAUUUGAUCCUUUUGAGGAUGUAACCUUCAUUUAACCUCAUUCCAUGUAUGGUAUGUUGAGUUUACAUGUAUGUAAAUAGUUUUUUUAUACACUUUGUACCAACUGUGUGUAGAGGGGGGGGGGGGGCAGUGUUGAUGUGAUUGUGUGAGGGCCAGACACGGAGCCUCCUCUUGUGUUUUGUAGUCUGACUGAGGAGCUCAUCUGGUUCGAAACACAACCUGCAUUAAUCUAGAUACUUCCUGCACCCCGAUUCUACAAGUCUGAUGGACAGUGAUGCCGCUGAAAGUCAGCUUUCUUACCUUCCUGGUGACUGGAGGGAGGGAAAAGAGCUGGAUGGGUCAUUAAUGUCAUAUAUAUACAUAUGAGUGCUGCUUACUUUUAUAAAGGAGCCAAGCAUUUGGGCUUACUUGGAAGGAUUGACUGCAGUGUUGGGCGUGUUAUGAUGGGAGUUGUAGUGUGUCACUUCCUUGAAGACUGAAGCUGUGUAGAAAAGCACCUUUCUGGCUGUUACAAGAACCUGUGUGUGUGUGUGUGUAUGUAUGUGUGUGUGUGCGCGCACAUUGUCACUCCUGUGAAUGCGUGUGCAUUUGCAUCGUUAGGUGUGAAUGUCGACUGUGUGUACAACGACAUGUUCUGUGGUACGGUUACCGUGCCAACAAUUAGACACCAAGGUCCUUUAACUCAAUACUAUAAUACCCUCUUCUUAUGACUUUUUAGUGUAGUUAGUUUAUAACAAGCGUUUUUGCGUUUUUAUUAAUGUACAUAAUUUAUUGUAUACAGUGUCAUUUGUAAUAUCUUUCCUAUGGUUUAAAUGACAGAUUGUGUUUUUUCCUUCUACUGUGUUUACAGAAGCCAUGCACCUAUGUUUCUUUUCUAUGGGAAAGGGUAUUUUACUGUAGACUUAUUCUAAGUAAAUAUGGUAAAUGUACUUUGAUACUGUAUUAUAGGUCUAUUAACGAGCCCCUAUUGGUCACUUAUGACUGAUACUGUCCUUUGACUGGUCUUCUUGAUCUCUCCAUUAUGUCACCAUUAUAGCCAUUAUAAAUUGAUUGUCUAAUAUGCUGAAUGCUGGAUAAGUAGUUGAUUGUUUUUGUUUAGCCUACUUUGCUAAAAGCAGGGUUGCAGCUAUUCAUUUAUGGGGUGACCAUGACAACAUGCUUUUGCAAACAAAAACAACACAUUGCUUAAGUGUGAAUAACUAUUGAUUACCGAACAAAUAAAUGAAUAAUGCUGAA